AUGCUUUCUCAAUCCUUAUUAUUAGCUCUUGCUGCUGCUCCUUUUACUUUAGCUUCACCAUAUUACAACCCUUAUUUUGGGAAAUUUUUCCAUGGUCAAAGAACUUCAGCUGAUUCUUCCUCAUCGGGUAACUUUUAUCCAGUUAAAGAUUGUUCUGCCUUUAUUGACCAAAACCCAGAAGCUUCUUGGUCUUGUCAUAACAAAUCACCUGUUUCUUCUGCAAAUUCUUGUUGUUUUGAAGAAAACGGUAUUAUAUUGCUGACUCAAUUUUGGGAUUACAAUACUACCUUGUUGGAAAUUGCCGUUAAUGGAUCUACCAGUGACAUUGUUGAGGCUGAAUUGAAAAGCAAACUUGAUACUGUUUACAAUGAUUUGAGUAGAACUUUUACUAUUCAUGGAACUUGGGAUGACUUCUGUAAUGGAUCAUAUCCACAGUACUGUAACAAAAGUUUGGAAGUUAGUGAUGAAAAAGAUAAUCUUACUCAUAUUUUGGUUGAUCAAUUCAAAGAAGUUGAAUUAUAUAAUAUCAUGUCUAAAUAUUGGAUUGACACUAUUGCUAGUAAUGUGGACAGCAGUGCCUCUACAGCCUUAUGGGAACACGAAUACAAUAAACAUGGUACUUGUAUGACUACCUUGAGUCCAUCCUGUUUCACCAGUAGUAACUAUACUCGUUUUGAAAAUAUCGUCAACUUUUAUAAAAAAACUGUUGAAAUUUGGUCACAAUUGGAUACUUUUGAAUUUUUAGCAGCUGCUGGAAUUUACCCUACUGUUUCAAGAAAGUACAAGUUGAGUCAAGUGCAAGAAGCUUUACAAAAAGCUCAUGGUGCCGAAGUAUAUGUUGGAUGUUUGAAUAAUUCCAUUUCAGAAAUCUGGUAUUUCUACAAUUUACAAGGAAGUGUUUUGACAGGUACUUAUAAACCAAUUGAUACCACAACCAAUACUAAAUGUGAAGAUGAAGUGUGGUACAUCCCUAAAUAA